AGUAUAGUGUGAUUCAGCGUUGUUUACACACUCAGUCGAGAUGAGGUGAGAAGAAAUAUUAGAGAAGAAUCGUGGUCACUCUUUUUAAAUCAAUCAUUGAUGAUUACCGAUAUAAAAGAGAUAAUUUUCUGAAAAAAAGGAAAGACGAAGUGGUGAAUUGUACAAAUUACGUGGAAAACUUUAAUCGUUCAAAUUAAAAUUUUUUUAAAUAAUGGCUAUUUACUUAUUUAUAAAUUCAUCAUUGUAUACAGUUAUCAUAGUUUCUUGAGUUUAAAUACAAAAUGAGUUAUUCUAAACUGGGUUGUCUCAUUUGAAGUUCCAGGACACGGAACAGAAUGUCACCAUACCGAAUAUGGGGCUCCACGGAAGAUGGGGCCGUUGACUUCGAGUCCUUGACGAAUGACACUCUCGAAGGAGCGCUUGAUGUCAUUAGGAAGAGUUUUUUCAUCUACGAGAAUGUAUGCAGGGGAGUAGAUCUGCUCUCAGAACCAGGUGCAUCAAAAGAACUGGAGGAACUUUGUUUGGAGACAGCCAAGGAUGGAGUUAGUGUAGUGGCCGUGGAUGUAAAUAGUGGAGAAGUUAUUGGAGUGGCUUUUAACAAGAUACAGCUCCUGAACAGUUCAUCAGAAAAAAGUGCUUUUGAAAUAUUCAGUGAAAACUGCAAGUAUAAAUCAUCAAAAGCUCUUGUGGAUUUCAUGAUCAAUAUGGAUGCCAAAAUAAAUUUAUUUAAGCACUACAAUACUGACUGCAUCUUCGAAAUAAUGUUUCUGGCCACGUUGCCUAAUUAUCAGAAACGCAGAAUAGGUGAAUUACUGAUAUUUUCGUCCAUAGAAGUAGCAAAGGAGCUGAAAAAGGGAAACAUUGUGAAAAUACCAGUCAUAAUAAAUGAUGACAAUAAGAUACAGAAUCUGGAGGCAUUACCUAAUUUAGUGUCUGCGUUGAUGACAUCGAACUAUUCACAGAAAAUUGCAGCGAAGUGUAGAUUCGAAAACUUGAUGUCAGUUAACUUCGAAGAGUUUCAGUUUAAAGGGAAGACUUUCAGUGAGAGGAUAGGGACUGAACAUAAAACCUGCGUUUUAGUGGCUAAAAGAUUGUUUAAUGUUCUUGGACUCGGAUGAUGAACUGGUCUACAAACUACUCACCAGAGACAAAGUAGAGGAUGCUUUGGCUCUUCAGGCACAGACUAUGAAGCAAGAGAAUCUAGCAAUAGGGUUAGGGAUGUUUGAAGAGGAUGGUGCUCCAGAAGAGAUGAACCUAAUCUUCAAAGAAAUCAUCAAAGAUGGUACCACACUGAUGGCUGUUGACAAGAAGACGAACGAACUGGCGGCAGUGGCGUUUAACAAGCUUCACGCAAGUUUCUAUUCAAUUCCCACAGAAGCUCAGCAGCUUCUCUUGCCCAAUUUUCAUGCAAUUAAGUUUCUCCAAGCUAAACCCAAGGAAGGUGCGAAAGAUGAGCUAGAAACAUUCAUAGAAGAGAGCCUGAGGCACCAAACGUGCAGAGAACUUAUCAAGUUCCUCGAUGACAUUCAGAGCAAGGUGGAUGUAUUCGAGAGGUACAAUGUAAACGGGGCGAUGGAGCUGUUUUAUCUUGGCACGAAUCCACAGUACCAAGGCCGUGGAAUCGGCCGCCAAAUAGUAGAGAAGUGUAUCGAGUUCGGUCGAGGACUCUUGAACGGUACAAUGAUGAGAACAUCGAUCGACGGUGGAAUCCUAGAGCAGAACGUGUUCCCGGAGAUAAUUUACUGCGUGGUCGCCUCCAACUAUAGCCAACGAAUCGUAGAUAAAUUGGGUUUCCAGGUUCUCCACGAGGCCCGAUACGACGAUUACAGUUUCGCUGGCAAAAAAAUGUCCGAGAGGAUAGGAGAUGUUCAUAGGACAGCCAGGUUGCAGGUUCUAAAACUUUAAACAGAAUGCGUCCGUUAUCGACUACGAUAGAAUUAGGUCUAAGAGAAAUUGUAACAUUUGGAAUGGUUAAUAAAUGAUACUUAUCCUGACUAUAGUUUUUUUUUUUUCUUUUGCGGAUUGGAAACAAGACUUUCCAUGAAUUCUAACCAGCAGAAAUAUUUU